AUGCCGAUCAUUCUUCAAGGUCUUGGCAGACCCAAUCAGGAGCCGAUCACAGAGUCUCAAGGAGUCUCAGCCACUGUUGCCAGCAGCGGUGGCUGGGCCAGCCUCCACCGGUCCUGGCGUUGUUGUCUUGGCUCUGUCGAAAUCGCUUAUCGUGCCGUCAGACGUGGAAGUGCGGAUGUGGUUACACCGACGCUGCGGAGUCCGCUGGCGCAGUUUGUUGUGGACUGGCUAAAGCCCUUUUUGCCGCGCGAACUGUCUGUAAGUGGAGGACACCCAACCCGUGUCCAGCAGCGGGUCGCCCGCCCGCCGCAGCCCCUGCCGCCGCCUCCGCAGGCUGCAGAAGAUGUCAAUGUUACUUUUGAAGAUCAACAGAAAAUUAACAAGUUUGCAAGAAAUACUAGCAGGAUCACAGAGCUGAAAGAAGAAAUAGAAGUGAAAAAGAAACAACUUCAGAACUUGGAAGAUGCUUGUGAUGACAUCAUGAUGCUUGACGAUGGUGAUUCACUUCUGAUACCCUACCAAAUUGGAGAUGUCUUCAUUAGUCAUUCCCAAGAAGAGACACAAGAGAUGCUGGAGGAGGCAAAGAAAAGUUUACAAGAAGAAAUUGAAGUGUUAGAAUCCCGAGUGGAAUCAAUUCAGAGGGUGUUAUCUGACCUGAAAGUUCAGCUCUAUGCAAAGUUUGGAAAUAACAUAAAUCUUGAGGCCGAGGACAGUUAAAGGUGUUCUAAAUAUACCGUACAACUUUUCCUUGUUUUAUUAAAUGUUUUGACAUUGUUACAAUUACAUUUAAAAAAAAAAAAUCCACCACUUUUUUGUUUUGUUUUUUGUUUAAGUUUCCUGUCUUGGGUUCCAUCUAUUUAAUCAGAGCUUUCUUAUUUUGGUUAUUGCAGUUAUUUAUUUGUUUAGGAAACUUCGUACUGUUGGUAAAGCAUCAAGAUUGGAAUAUUUGCAUUGUUGAUUAAAGUAAUAAAGUCAGGCACAUAUUGUAGUUUCCUUGGUCUUUCCCACUUAUGAAAAUACUUAAGUAUAAAAACAAUAGAAAUGGGGAAUUUUUGAUUUGCACUGUCAUGCCUGUUUGAGAAAAGUUUCUCUGUAAUACAUAGGGCAUGAUCUCACAGUCAGCUGUAAUGCUAUUUAGCUGUUUUUAGCAGCCCUCCUGGAAAUACUAAAUCUAUCCUUUGUCUUUCAGUCCUAACUCACAUAGCACAAACGCUGUUAGCUCAGCGCACAACAUGGCAA